CCAUGUCUGAACUGUAACAACUCUCAGAGGAGCGUUUCUUGUCAGACGGCAACUCAGAGAAUAACAAGGUUGAAACAAUGGAAGACCUUUAUGUGGCAAACACAAUCUUUGCCCUCAAUUUAUUCAAGCAUCUGGUGCAAGUAAGCCCCACCGAGAACCUCUUCUUCUCUCCAUGGGGCAUUUCAUCCACCAUGGCCAUGGUCUACAUGGGCUCCAGGGGCAACACCGAAGACCAGAUGGCCAAGGUGUUUCAGUUUAACAAAGUCGGACUCCGUGAAGUCACCCCAGUGACCCCAGAGAACUUCACCGGUUGUGAAUUCAUGCAGCAGAUCCAGAAGGAGACUUAUCCUGAUGCUAUUUUGCAGGCACAAGCUGGAGAUAAAAUUCAUUCAUCCUUCCGCUCUCUCAGCUCUGCCAUCAAUGCGUCCACAGGGGGUUAUUUAUUGGAAAGUGCUAAUAAGCUGUUUGGAGAGAAGUCUGCAAGAUUCAAGGAAGAAUUCAUGCAACUCUGUAAGAAAUAUUACUCUGCAGAACCCCAGGCAGUUGACUUCCUAGAAUGCGCAGAAGCAGCCAGAAAAAAGAUUAAUUCCUGGGUGGAGACUGAAACCAAAGGUAAAAUCCCAAACCUGUUACCUGAGGGUUCUGUAGAUGCAGAGACCAGAAUGGUCCUGGUGAAUACUGUCUACUUCAAAGGAAAGUGGAAAACUCCAUUUGAGAAGAAACUGGAUGGGCUGUAUCCCUUCCGUGUGAACUCGACUCAGCGUAUACCUGUACAGAUGAUGGUCUUGCAUGAAAAGCUGAACAUUGGGUACAUAGAAGACCUGAAGACUCAGAUUCUAGAACUCCCAUAUGCUGGAGAUGUCAGCAUGUUCCUGUUGCUUCCAGAUGGGAUUGCUGAUGUGUCCACAGGCUUGGAGUUGCUGGAAAAUGAAAUAACCUAUGACAAACUCUACAAGUGGAUCAGCAAAGACACAAUGGUGGAAGACGAUGUUGAGGUGUACAUCCCCCGGUUCAAAUUAGAAGAGUAUUAUGAACUCAAACCCAUUCUGAGAAGCAUGGGCAUGGAUGACGCUUUCAGCAAGGGCCAGGCCAAUUUCUUAGGCAUGUCAGAGAGGAACGACCUGUUCCUUUCUGAAGUGUUCCACCAAGCCACUGUCGAUGUUAAUGAGGAGGGCACCGAGGCAGCUGCUGGCACUGGAGGUGUUAUGACAGGGAGAACUGGUCAUGGAGGCCCACAGUUUGUGGCAGAUCAUCCUUUUCUUUUCUUUAUCUUGCACAAAACAACCAAGAGCAUUUUAUUUUUUGGCAGAUUUUCCUUACCCAAAAAUUGAAAAGUUUUAUUUCUGCACAGGAUUUUGUAGCAUGAGCUAUAUGCCUCAGAACUGCUAUCUCAAGUGACAAAAAUUUAUAGACUUUUUCUACAUAUUUCUGUUCUUCUGAACAACUUCUGCUACACAAAAAAUAAAAACACAGAAAUGACUA